AUGGACGACUUUUCCUUCGACGCCCCUGCCUCCAAAACCACCGACUUUGGCUCAGAUGACCCAACGGCCGACUUCUUGGCCCGCGAGCAGGCCAUCUUGGGAGGCGACGCCGACUUUUUGGCCGGUCUUUCAGGAUCAGCCCCUACCUCUGCCAACGCCAACAACAACACCAUCAGCAGCGAUUUCGAGUCGAGCUUCCCCAGCUUUGAGGACCAUGAUGCUGGACUGACCAGCACCGGCAGCACUGGCGCUACACCUACAGUUCCUUCGGUCAGCAUUGAGAACGAUGAGUUUGGCGCAUUCCAUAGCGACUUUCCUGAAAUCGAGACGGAGUCCGCCCCCAUCAGCCAGACCUUUGCCGCAAGCAUCCCCAUCCAAGCAACUGGAGCCAGCAACGCAUUCGGGAGCCCCAGCCCCUCUCUGGCCCGUGCUCCUCAGUUCAAGGCCCCCGAGGUUCCUGAGGUCGUCAAGGAGUGGCGCGAGAAGCAGUCAGUCAUUAUUGCGGAGAAGGACGAGAGGUCAGAGGCCAAGCGCCAGCAGACCAUUGGCGCCGCACAUGAGUCCAUUGACCGCUUCUACGAGGAUUACAACCAGAAGAAGGCCAAGUCCAUCACAGAAAACAGGGACAAGGAGGCUGCAUUCCUGGCCAAGAGGGAUGAUGUCUCUUCAGGAACUCAGUGGGAGCGUAUCAACCGCCAUUUGGACAACAACCCUGCCGCUGUUACUGCAGCAUUGAAGGCCGGCCGUCGUGAUACCAGCAGGAUGAGAGAGUUGUUGAGGGAUCUUGAGAAGGACCACAGCGCCCCUGGAAACUAA